AUGCGUUUCUUAUGCCUUCAUGGCGUUGGUUCCAACGCAGCGGUUCUCGAGGCCCAGCUAGCGGUCAUAUUGAAGGAGUUUUCCGAACAUGAGUUUCAUUUCUUGCAGGGGGAGAUCGAAGUUGACCCAGAUAACGCAGUCAAAGACUAUUUCGCCGGCCCGUACUUCUCGUAUUUUGAGCUUUGCACCCCAUCACAGAUACAUUCUGCAUUUCAGCUGCUAGACGAAGUCAUCGCAGACGAGGGGUCAUUUGACGGGGUUUUCGCCUUUUCGCACGGUGCAGCAUUGGCUGCAUCCUACAUGCUCUACCAUGCAAGACGUAGUUCGCCCUCCGAGCAGCCAUUCAGGUCCGCCGUAUUCUUCUCCGCUUCGCUCCCAUUUGAUUCGGAGUCUAAACCGUUCUCUAUCUACCGCAAUGGCAUUUGCUAUUAUACAGCCCCCAAUACAAAAGAAACUUGCACUGUCGAUGUAUCUGCGACUAUCCCGGAACUUAUGGACCCUGCUUAUGUUCACAAAUGGGAUCAGGCAACCCAGUUUUUGGAGCGAUUCGGCGCUAGUCAUCCAGUUUCCGUGCCUAUAUCAGUCCCCACAGCACACAUUUAUGCUCUUAAUGAUAGUUACGGCUGUCAUGCGGCUCAAUUACAAGAUUUCUGUGUUCCGUUGGAUAGGGAGGUUCUUGUGCAUGAUGGCGGCCAUGCCAUUCCAUAUCGACCAUCAACCUCCGCGAAAAUGGUCGAGUGCAUCCGCAAAGUGCUAAAUUCUGUGGCGCUUUUCUAA